AUGAGCACUCUACCCUCGGACGAUGCGGAGCCUGGAGCCGCUCCGGCUACCGCCAACAACAAGACAGAGACUGUCACCGGAUCCGAACCUGAUACGGCCAAAUCCACCCAAGAGGAGGCGAAAGUAGAGGUAGUCAAGCCCACUGAACUCCAGGCGGCUGCUCCUGCUGAGGCUCCCCUUCCCACCACAACUGCAGACGAAGCCACCAAGCCCGAACCGGCACCCGCCCAGGACACACAAGCGUUGCCAACAACGAGUCAGCUUUCUCCCCUUGCCCAGCUGUGGAAGGCCGCCGAGGGCCAUGACCAUUUCGAGAUUUGGGGCGUCCCCCUCUCCGAUCCUGAGAGACACAUCCCGACUCAGGUCGUUUUCCAGAAAUUCCUGAACGCCAACGAUGGAGACGUUGAAAAGGCCAAGGCUCAGCUACUCAGGACCCUCGACUGGCGCCAAAAGACACAGCCCUUGCAGCUGGUCAGGAAGAUGUUUUCCAAGGCCAAGUUUGAUGGCCUGGGCUACGUCACCACCUACACAGCCGGCGACGAGCCUGCUGUCGACGAGCCGGAGCAAAAGGAGGUUUUCACUUGGAAUCUCUAUGGCACUGUCAAGUCUCUCGACGAAACCUUUGGCAGCCUUCAAGAGUUCAUGGAGUGGCGCGUUGCCCUCAUGGAGCUUGGUCUCAUUGAACUCAACAUUGGGGGUGCCAUCAAGCCCAUCACGUCCGAAUACGACCCAUAUCAGAUGACCCAGGUCCAUGACUACAAGGGCAUCAGCUUCCUGCGCCAAACCGACGUGGCCAAGGCGGCGAGCAAAGAGACUAUCACGGUCAUGAGCGACAACUAUCCCGAGCUGCUCAAGGAAAAGUUCUUCGUCAACAUCCCCGCCAUCAUGGGCUUCCUCUAUGGCGUCAUGAAGCUGUUUGUCUCCAAGAAGACGUUGAAAAAGUUCCAUCCCAUGUCCAGCGGCACAAAUCUCGCAAAGGAGUUUGUCAACACCAAGGUCGACGGGUUGGGCGAUAAGCUCCCCGCUGAGUAUGGCGGCAAGGGCGCGGACUUGAAGAGUCUGGGCAAGGCACCUAUCGUCCAGUAG